AUGUGUGUGGGAAUGGCCUUGGCAUCCAGAGAGACUAGCGUGCUGCUGCUGGACCUACCGGGUGAGCUCUUACUUUGUGUCAUGGACCAUCUGGAGCGGGCCAAGGACAUCCAUUCUCUGUGUCUCACCAAUUCACAUCUGGAACUUAUCCAGACGAUGUGUGUUUACCGGGCCCGCGUCAAUGUGUAUCUCCAUGGCUACACACCUCUUCAUUUUGCUGCAAUGUUCGGACAGGCACCCGUUGUGAGAUGGCUGCUCUCGUACGACGGCAUCGAUGUCAACUGCCGCGGCGAGGGUUUGGGCUUGACCCCGCUUGGUGUGGCGGUGCGGAAGAAGGAUGUAGAGGUUGUUCAGGUGUUGCUUUCAGACGCCCGUACGGAUAUCAACGCGGGAAGCAGGGACAACAAGACACCGCUGCUGGACGCUAUCAAGCAUCGGCACCUCGUCAUUCUGCGAUUGCUUCUGGCCGAUGCGAGAAUUGAGAUGCAUCCACAGGGCUACGGCGGUCGCGCGCUCCUAGCGCAUGGCGACAUUGACAUCUCAGCACGAGACUGGAAGGACCGGACGGUUCUGCACUAUGCUGUUCUGCACAACGACGACGGACUUGUGCAGCUCUUGCUUCAGAAGCAGGACCUUGAUGUGAACACGCAGGAUUGGCAUGGUAUGACCGCCCUGCACCGUGCCAUCAUCAAAGCCAAUAGACGAAUCGUCGCCCUGCUCUUGACACGCAGUGACCUUGACGUCUCGAUUGCCGGCUACGAUGGGCACUGGAAGAUAUACAAAGAAUCGCCACCAUUAUCUGUGGCUGUUGCCCUCCGCAGGUACCACAUCUGCAGGCUUCUGCUGGAAGCCCCUACGGAUGCCGAUGUGCGCACGGCCAGCGGGAAUUCCCCCUUACAUCUCGCCGCAGGCAUGGCGGAUCUUGAUUUGCUCACGCUAUUGCUCAACCAACCGGACAUCAAGCUAAACAGCCGGAACGACGACGGGUUCACAGCUCUGCAUGAAGCCACAACUCGCGGGUACCUGUCCGUUGCCAAGCUGCUCCUCGCUGCGCCAGGGGUGGAUGCGAAUGUGGGAGAUACAUGCGGGCAGACCGCACUCUGGUGGGCGACGAAGCGCUCUGACGAGAUUCUGACAAAGCGACUGCUAUGCGAAGACGACCUCGAUCUUAAUGUUGUAGGCCGGGAUGGAUCAACAUCCCUCCAUCAUGCGGUCCAGUACCGGAACCGAACCAUAGCACGGCUACUUCUCUGCGAGGAGAGACUGGAUAUCAAUGUACCGGACAUGACCGGUUGGACUCCACUUGUGUGGGCCGUGCAUCAAGUGGACAUUGACAUGGUCAGACUUUUGCUUGCAAGAGACGAUCUGCAGCUGGAUCCAAUCUUCGCGGGAAACGCAUCGGCACUGGGCCUGGCAGCGGAACAAGGCCACACCAAGAUUGUGAUCUUAUUCCUCGAGCACCGGGAUCGCUUGGACAUUAAUCUCCCAACCCAGACAGGCGAGACCCCGCUAUGCCGGGCCGCAGCAGCCGGGCAUCAUGAUGUGGUCGAUCUCCUCCUUCAAGAUCCUCAGCUGGAUGUCAACCGGGCGGACCUCAUUGGACGCAGUCCGCUGUGCUGGGCGGUGUAUGCAGGACAUUUCAACAUUGUGAGACGUUUGCUUCAGGACAGAAGAGUCGUGAUUGAAGGGGAUUACUUCCGGCGACCAGCACUGGCGGCCGCUCAUGAGAUGGGACAUGCAGAAAUUGCUGAUCUUCUUAAAGCAUAUAGACACGGAUGA